UCUAAGCUCUAAAAGCGCGGAUUUUUCUCCGUUACCGCUUAUCUCACUCUACGAACACAAAAACGAGGUCAAUUGAAGCUCCGGAGCUGAACCGCCACUUCUAGGCUUCCAGAUGGUAGAAAGCUAACAGUCCACCGGGGAAGAGCAGCUCGAAGUGGCGGAGAAUGAUUUGGGUAUGAUGUCAUGUGGGCUGCUAUGGGGAGGCCUGUUCUGUUGUGCAAUCACAAUAAUUUCUCUAUAGCUCAAGGUUUUGCUUAAUGGGUCUGUCUAUAUUUCCAAAAAGAUCCUCUUUUUAUUUCAUAUUUGUGGGGUUGCGAGAAUCGGGUGUUUUCGGGAGGAAGAAAAUCGUUGUAGAAAGAGGCUAUUGUCGAAAUUUUGGUGGUGUUUCGUCCGCUUUAGUAUUGGAUGAUUCUGAUUCUUGUUCAAAUGGUGAAAGCAGUGGGGAAUAUGAGCCAAUUGUUCCGAUUAUUUCGAGGAAAAGACUGCAUAGGUGCAAGGAGCUGGGACUAUGUUCUGUUGUUGUGAGGGUGUACAAAUCAUUGAGCUGGGGGGCAGCUAGAGAUAUUAGUUUCGAAAGAGCAAUGGAAAGGUAUGGGCUUUUCCAAUCGAUCACUGCGUUUAAGAUGCUUGUGCAUAUUUUUGCAUAUGUUGGAAUGCAUAUGGAAAUGUAUGCCUUGCUUAAAGAUAUUGUUUUCUAUUUCCAGAAGGCUGAGUUUGAAUUAGAUAAGAUACUCCCGCAUUUGCUGAAUUCAUCUAAUGAUGCAAAAAUAUCAGCUUCGGUGGUUGAUGUUCUUAUCAAGGUUUUUGCUGCGAAUAAAAUGGUUGAAAAUGGAGUCAAUGCAUAUUUCCAUGCUACGAAACUUGGGCUUAAAUUAAGUAAUUUCUCGUGCAACUUCUUAUUGAAGUGCUUGGCAGAGGCGAGCAGGAGGGAACUUCUUCAAGCUUUAUUUGAAGAGAUGAAGCAGUUUGGACCGUCACCCACUGUUUAUACAUACACAAUUAUGGUGAGGUUCUAUUGUACCCAGCAUAAGGUGGAGAUAGAAGAAGCGACCAAUAUAAUGGAGGAAAUGAUUACUAGAGGGAUUAGCCCAUCUGUUGUAACAUAUAGUGUUUAUAUCCAUGGACUAUGUAGAGCUGGACGUGUUGGCAAAGCUUUGAAUUUCAUUCGAGACUUGAGGCGUAGAAAUCAACUACUAAACUCUUAUUGCUAUAAUGCUGUUAUUCAUGGAUUCUGUAAAAAGGGUGAAGUAGUUGAAGCUAUGAAUCUUUUCGAAGAAAUGAAGAGUUGCGGAGUCCCACCAGAUGUAUACAGCUACAGUAUUUUGAUUGAUGGGUUUUCUAAAUGCGGGAAUGUUGAGGAAGGUCUUUGUUUAAUAGAGGAGAUGGAAGCUAGUAACAUAAAACCAUCCCUUGUUAGCUAUAGUCCACUCUUAGAUGGUUUUUGCAGAACGGGACGGAAGGAAAAAUCAAUUUAUCUGUUUUAUAAGUUAGAGGAAUCUGGAUAUAAGCAUGACCGGGGUGCGUACCACAUCUUAAUAAAUGGACUUUGCUUGCAGGGUGAUUUGGUCUCUGCUCAUAAGCUCUUGGAGGAGAUGAUCAGCAAUAACUUGACCCCCAAUAUCUUUACCGUCAAUUCUAUUAUUAAUGGCUACUGUAGUGAAGGGCAUAUAAUGGAAGCUUUGCAGCUCAUUGAUGAGACGAGAGGCCAAGGUGUUAUUCCUAAUCAGCAUACAUACAAUGCAGUAAUUAAAGGGCUGUGCAAAGAAGGUAACUCAGAGAAGGCACUGGAAGUAAUACCGUUAAUGCUUAAGAUGAAUAUAUUGCCUGGUGUUGUACAUUAUAGCACUCUUAUUAAUGGUUUUGCUAAACAGUUAAACUUCCAGAAGGCCUUUCUGCUGUACACAAGAAUGCUAAAAGUUGGGGUUACUCCGGACACAACCCUGUAUACCAUUAUCAUUAAUAUGUUAUGCACAAUGGGCAAGGUGAACGAAGCCUAUAAACUUUUUAGGGAAAUGGCCUGUGAGGGAUUGAAUCCUGACAAUAUCUCUUACACAUCUAUUAUAGCCGGAUUUUGUAGAGUUGGAGAUAUGAACAAAGCAUUGAGAUUGCUUGAAGAGAUGAAACAAAGAGAAAUCUUGCCUUGUGGUGUUACUUAUACUUGUCUAAUAGAUGGGUUUUGCAAGGUCAAUCGUAUCGAUAUGGCCACCUGGUUGCUAGAUGAGAUGAGAAGGCAGAAUGUGUCUCCUGAUAAGGUCACAUAUACUAUUCUGAUAUGUGCGUGCUUCAGACUUGGACAAGUGGGUAGGGCUGAUGAGCUGUUUGACCAAAUGAAGAAGGAAGGCAUUGUUUCGGGUGACUCAUUCAAAGAUGAAAGGCUAAAAACUGGAAGAAGCUAGUUCAACGAUGAUGUAGCAUUUGCUAUUAAGUUCAGUUGAAUUUGGAAGGUGCUUUGUGUACUAGCUGCAAAAGCAUUACCUGGUGCAGCCCGCAUUAAUACCCUUGCCUGUUGAAGAUCAAGGCAUCUAACUGCGGAAACAAAAAUUCAGCUCCGAGAAGUGGUAUUGCUAUUCCACAGCGGCACAGCUACACUGACUUGUUGAUCAAAUGAACAGUGCAUUCGGUUACAUGAAUGGAUACAUCAGCAUAAAGAUGCUAACAGACAAAAACAGAACCAGCAUGUAUUCUUUCUCUUGAACAUCCAGAAAAGGAAAUGUAGAGGCCCAUGAUUUAAAAUAUUACUUGAACCAACUCCCCAUGGAUGGAUAAUAUGUUCCAGGAGAGAUUCUGAAGUUGGUCUAUGGGCAUGUACAAUUUCUUCCCAGAUUGAUCGACUUCGGAUUUCUCCCAUCUCCUCUUCCUUCGCUACUGCUGAUAACAUUUGCAAUCUAUUGAAUGCGACAACGCCGAUUGGCGAUGAUGGGGAAGAAGGAACUGAUGAUUGGGUAGGCUCUGGAUUCUAUGUUGAGUUUAGAGGGAAGGGAUUCUUGAGAGUUUUUGUGAAGUUGAUGAUGAAGAUGGCCAUUAAUGGAAAUGGUAGGAAGGUGGUGAAGAGGAUUAAUGGUGAGAUUAUUGAGAUCUUUGCCAUUUUUUCUCAGCUUUUGAGUGCAGUGUAGUGUAUGAAUACUUUUAUAUCCUUGUGUUUGUUUCACUUUUUGAGUUAAAA